CACCACCUCCGGCCCACGACACGCGCGCACGGUCACGGUGCCACCUCCCUGUGCUGCUGGUGCCUGCCCGGUUGCUUCCUGCCUCGUCGUCCCCCUCCGCGUUUCAAAAAUCAAAUCCCCAAACCCCUUCCUCCGAUACCCAGCCUGAGUUGCGGUUUUUUCCCUUCUUCUCCCCCCUCCUUUCUCUCUCUACCGCUCUCGCCGCUGCAGCGGCGGCCAGCCGGAGCGGAAGGCGGCGUCCGCGGUGCGCUCCUCCCCUCCGACCGACCGCAUCGCGUCCCCUCCGUCGGGUCGCCGAUCCACUCCCACCGCCCACCUUUUCCCGAUCUCCUUCUCGCUAAGCAAACCCUCAAGUCCUUAACCCCCUCGCCCAUCCGAGAUUAGCCAAGAAAAGCUCCCCGCUUUCCCCCCUGGCAUCCGUUCCACCACUCCGCUUUGCUGCUUGGUAGUGCUAUUGCUAUACUAUUACCGGCACAGCGGUUGACUGCUCACUGCUACCGGGUAGGGUGUUAGAGGCCGGCGCAAGAGUCAAGAUUCCUUAUUGGCCGUCUGGGUUUAUGCGGCCUGCCUUGGUUGGUGGUGGACUGGUGGUGGUGUCUGAUUGCGGCGGCUGUGGAGUUGCAUGGUGAGUGAAGCGAGGGAUCCGAGAUUCUCGUAGAUUAUUUUUUCCCCCGUUCUUAACGAUUCCUGCUCCAGUGCGACGGCUGAAGCGGCGGCGGGCGAAUAGCAGCCGCCGGUGCCCGGCCUUGGAGCGGCCCCGGUCCAUCUAUGGAACUUGCCGCCCAUGCGCCGUGCCCCGGGACGGAAGUGAAGUGCCCAGUACGGCGCGUCUUGCCUGCCCCUCUGACGCUGCUGCCCGCCAUGGCAAUCUCAUGCUUGGUUCUUGCUCUGUGCUGAUGGAUUGCCAGGCUGCUGUGAUGGCUCCGCAGCGUCGCGGGUGUGAUCGCUGGAUGUUGCUGCUCUUCUGCUGCUGCCUCCUCGCCUUCCCCUCACAUGGUCCUCAAGCGGUUGAAGCAUUUGUCGGGGCUUAUGGAAUAAACUACGGCAGAAUAGCAAAUAACAUCCCUUCCCCGGAUAAAGUGGUGGAGCUCCUGAGGAAUUCGAAGAUAAGGAAUGUCAAGAUAUAUGAUGCCGAUCACAGUGUUCUUGAUGCAUUCAAAGGGUCUGGGCUCAACCUGGUCAUUGCAAUUCCCAAUGAGUUACUGAAGGAUAUGGCUGCAAAUGAGAGCAGAUCGAUGGAAUGGCUGAAUCAGAAUGUGCAGCCUUAUCUCCCUCAGACGCGGAUCGUUGGGAUUACAGUGGGAAAUGAGGUGCUGGGAGGCCAAGAUCAAAGCUUGUAUGAGCCUCUUGUUGAAGCUGUGAAGAAUGUGUAUAAUGGACUUAAGAGGCUUCACUUGGAGAGCAAAAUCGAGCUUUUCACACCUCACUCAGAAGCUGUUUUUGCUAAUUCUUAUCCACCCUCUGCGUGCGUCUUCAAGGAAGAACUCAUGGCUUAUAUGAAACCACUCCUGGACUUCUUUUCAAUUAUUGGCUCACCUUUCUAUGUCAAUGCAUACCCCUUUUUGGCUUACAUAAGUGAUCCGGACCAUAUUGACAUUAAUUAUGCUCUCCUUAAGCCCAACCCUGGAAUCGUUGAUCCGAAUACUAGUCUGCACUAUGACAACAUGUUUGAUGCUCAGAUAGAUGCAGCUUAUGCUGCUCUGCAGGCCGCUGGGUAUAAUGACAUGGAGGUUCGGGUGGCAGAGACUGGCUGGGCUUCAAGUGGAGAUCAAAAUGAAGCAGGAGCUUCAUCUGAUAAUGCAAGGACUUAUAAUUUCAACCUCCGUAAACGACUCUUUCUGAGGAAGGGAACUCCUCUCAGGCCAAAGAGACCAGUCAAAGCAUAUAUCUUUGCCUUGUUUAAUGAGAAUUUGAAGCCUGGACCUAGCUCCGAGAAGCACUAUGGGCUGUUCCUUCCUGAUGGAAGGAUUUCAUAUGACAUUGGUUACUCAGGUUUAUUACCUUCAUCUGCGUCCUCAUCCGUGUUGACCAUUAAGAAAGUUCAAGCUGGGGGUUGGAUCGUCCACUAUUUGGCUACAGUGAUUUUUAUCUAUUUUCAUUUUCUGGCCAUAGUGACUUGAGUACGGCAUAGCACAUCUGUAGUAAAGGAUGAUGUGCAAUUGUGCAUCAGACUGACUGGCUGACAAGAUUAACAAACCAUUGUUCUUUCUUCCCCAGUAAGCAUUGUAUCUUGACAUAUCAGUUACCAUUAGACACUCAGAGCAUAUGCUGACCGAAAGAUCAGAACUCUUUCUUGUGGGGGUGUUGAAGGAUUGUAUAUGGACC